CAGACUAUCGGGGGCCCUUCCCGUAUUAACAAGGGUCUGCCCGCCACUGUCAGUCCUAGCAGUUUCCAGCCAGCAGGACCAUUCCCACAUAGUGCUUUUUUGGGAUGCGAACAGCCACGCUAAGGCGAAGAUCCUGGGGGAAAUUCUGGGGUAGUUUGACGAGCUGCCCCAUAUUGUCUGCGGUUGCAACUGCAGUCUUCGGGGUCUCUUCCCUCAAGGCAGGGAAAACUGAGGUGCGCAACGAGGUGUCGAAGUUGUCGGAUUGCGAGACAACGCCAUUUCGACCAAUUGGGGGGCUUGGAAAUGACGCGGAGCGGCGGUGCCUUUCGCCUGGGCUGGAGCUUGCAGCACGUUAGCCUGUUGAGCAGGCAGGCCUCUGACCAUCGGAACCUUGAUUGAUUGGUUUAAUCACAUCGGAACCUUGACAUCGAGGUCUUGCGAGGAAGCAGGCUGA